GAGAGGUACUGAAAAUAAAACACCUCAGUACAUAGAUACCUCUGAAAGAGAGACAUCACAUCAGUUACGCUGUGAAGUUCUCAAUGUUUGCUUUUCUAUAAGGACAGCGCUCCAUCUCAUUGUUCAAAAACUGCAGAAAUAAUGGAUACAAGAAUGGAAGAAGGUUUUUCCAAGGAGAGAACCAGAAGACCCGUUAGAAAUAAGCGUUUCAACAGGAAGGUGUUUGGAGAGGAAAAAAGACCCCCAAAGCGACUUUUCACUCCCGAAAUUAAAAGGUAUUUGAAAGAUUGGCUAGUUAGAAGAAGAGAUAACCCAUACCCUAAUAGAGAAGAAAAGAAGACACUAGCUGUUCAAACUGGACUCACUUACAUACAAGUUUGCAACUGGUUCGCGAACUGGAGAAGGAAGCUGAAAAAUUCGGGAAAGGAACCUCAGUGCAAAACUUGGGGAGAUCUCAUCAAAACUUACAACAACCAGGUCCACGGCAACAUAGAACACUUCAGCAUAUGCUCAGACGACAGCAUUUGGUAUGAGAGCGAUACAGACGACUACAAUGAACAGAAACCCAUCGUGGAACAAGAAUCUUAUAACAACAACAAUCAAUGCUUCAUGGUCAGCUCCACCACCUUGGAUUUCGGACCCUUUGUCCAACCAUCCAAUAAAUACAAGAAUCACAUAAUGGAGAAAUAUCUUCGGGACUGUCAGCAAACCGUCAAAAAAGAAAUUUUGGAGACUGAUUCUUCUACGCCUUCUGUGAUAUCGAAGUGGCUAGAAAGCGCAGCCAAUUUCAAACCCAAUGAAAAUAGUUAUCUCGAUGUGAAGCUAUUCCAAACGCAGAAGAAAAAAGUGGCCAAACAAAGUCUUCGGGAAGACAUGGAAAAGUUAAAGAUACACGGAAAAGAAGAACUUGACGCGGCAGAAGCAUUGACAACGUUAGCGAAUUCUAGUAGAAAUAAAUCAUAGUAGUAUU